CAUGCAAUGACCCACGCAAACAACUCUAUUUCUAGAAGAAGGAAUGUUUCCUCACCAUACCAUUGGUACCGGAGCCUCUUCAUAACUCGACCCAGCCCAGCCUCCACAGCGUCAAUAAUUGCGCAUCGCCAUGACCGUGACCAGGGGCCACUCCUGUGCUUUAUGCCAGCAACGGAAAAUUCGGUGUGACCAGCAAAAACCCUGUGCUAACUGCGUCAAAGCAAAGGUUGAUUGUAUAGUUGUUCCUCUACAACCCAUUCGGAAGAGAGUUAGAAGGCCGCAAGAACGGGAUUUACUUCGAAGAAUCCAGAAAUAUGAAGCGUACAUGUCUCAACAUGGUCUCGACUUUCACUCGAUCUUGGACGACGAAUAUGAUAGUGACAUCUUCAGUUUAGAGCACGCACUCGAAAACACGAAGACUUCUCCAGAUGAAAACAGCCAGAACAUCACUUCUCAAGGAGAAGAUAGUAGAAAACCUUCAAAAUGGUUCCCAUAUUGUGAAGAGUAUCGAACCACCCAUGCCAUGCUUCAUGAUUCGUCCGAGGAUGAACUAGACAGACCAACUAUCCAUCACUCCUUCGACAUCAUGUUUGAAAAUACUGAUAGUUUCCCAUUCGUCGUCGGUGGUUUCCCAGCGCGAAUCACAGAUGCGCACCCCACAGCCAUCCAAACAUUUCAGCUGUGGCAAGUCUAUUUAAAUAAUGUCAACCCUCUUCUGAAGAUUAGCCACAUUCCAACACUUCAGCCAUUAAUAGUUGAAGCGUGCUCAAACAUUUCUAAGAUUUCCAAGCCAUUGGAAGUUCUCAUGUUUGGGAUCUACCUCAUAUCCGUGAAUUCCUUGUCCGAUGAGGAGAUUCGCAGUGGUUUUGGAGAAGAAAAGACUAUUCUUCUAGCAAAAUAUAACCAAGCCAUGCAACAGGCUUUAAUUAAUGCCGGAUUUAUGAAAUCUACAGAGCUCAUGGUUCUUCAAGCAUACUUGCUAUACCUUUUCACUCUCGCACGGUAUGUUGAUCCUAGAUCACUCCAUUGUUUGAUUGGAAUUGCGGUCCGUAUAGCUACACGCCUUGGUCUGCAUCGAGAUGGAGCCAAGUUUGGACUGCCUCCAUUCGAGGUGGAACAACGAAGACGGCUUUGGUGGCAGAUUGUUACCUUAGACAAACGUAUAGCUGAGAUCACAGGAUCUACCACUACUGCCUUGUCUUCAACUGGAAUAGAUUGCCGAUUACCACUGAGGGUAAAUGACAUGGCUCUACAUCCCAAUACCAAACAGUCCCCAUCCCCGGAUAGCGAAGCGACAGAAAUGAUCUUCAGCCUCACGCGAUUUGAAAUAACCAUAGCAUCCAGUGCGAAUGGAAUUGGAUUAAGGCCAGCAAUUACUAAUAAAUUUCAACAAAUGUAUUCUAGCACAUCAUCGUCAACCCAUGCGAGUACGCCAAGGUCAAGUCAUGCAGUUUGCGAUGGAGUCGAUAAAUACUGUGCAUAUAUGGAGUCAAUGUAUGUUCAAAAGUGUGAUUCCGAUAUUGCCAUUCAGUCCUUUACUCUCAUGAUGACACGGAUGUCUCUAUGCAAUUUCCGUCUUAUUGAGUUCAUGCUUCGGGGCAACCUAUCAACUAACCUAGAUGGCCACGAGCGCGAUAAAUUGUUGUUAUGUGCCAUUCAAAUUCUGGAAUAUGACAAUGUAAUCCAUACAAACGAGAACCUCCGCGGCUUCCUUUGGUACAUGCAUUUUCAUAUGCCUAUGAUGGGUUAUCUCUUUGUGGUCAAUGAGCUGCUCCAGCGCACCACGGGCGACCUGUGUGAGCGCGCUUGGAAGGCUCUUUUAAGUAACCACAGUCAUCGAGGUUUAAAGCGCAAUCUUAGGAGCCCUAUGCAUAUCGACUUUGGGAACAGGCUCAUUAGAGCUUGGGAUGCUUAUAAAGAAGCCCAACGCCAACUCGGAACUGAUGUACAAACCCCAGAGCUAGUAACGUUAUUACGUCAAAAGUAUUCUGAAGAAACCCGAAAAGAUGAAACGGCACCAGAGAAAAGGACCGAGGAUUCAGCAGCCAAAGACGGUAUGAUGUGCGACAACAAGUCGAUUUUCGCUCAUUCUAUCGGUGACUUGAAUUUGGAUUGCGGAGCCGUACAUGACCAGCUGGACUGGACACAGCUAACGGAAUUUGGUGUAUUGGAAGGGUUUGGCGGUGCUGCCGGGCUUUCAUUUUCCGAUGAAUUCUACGAUCAUACCGGAGGAAUGUAAUUGAUGAUGUGUUCUUCAUGGGUUUGCAUCUCUCUGUAGCUUCUAUUAUAAAACAAUACCUGGAUAUCCUUGAAAAUAUUUAUUAAUUUGAAGUUGAGUUGGAUGCAUUUUGGAUGAUGUCGGGACUCGGGAAUUAAAUUCCGUGCUGUGGGUGAAUGUGUUAUCGGCUAAAGUUAUAUAACUUGGCCAUGCAUACCUUAUUUUUGAUUUUUCAAUCCCCCC